UUUAAAAUACAGCAUUCCGAGCAGAAUGGACUCAGUAUCAGAAAAUAAAUUCCAGGCUCUUGACAUGGAAACUCAGAAUAUGCUCAAAGAAGCGCUUGAUGAUCCCAAGACAGUUGAUUUGGAGAAGCUGUCCAACACUAUUGUAAACCAGUCAUUGAAAGACAUUACAUUCUGUAAAGAUGCUGGCCGCCUAUGCUAUGCCUUAGUUCAGGCAGAGGCUCAAAAAGUUGCAACCAGUGUAUUCAGGCGAAACAUAUUGACACGUCUACAGCAUGAAUUCACUGCCAGAGAGGAGACACGGAACCGCUCAUUGCAGGAGUGGGUCUGCCUGGUCACCUUUAUCUGCAACAUAUUUGAUUAUAUCAAGGUAAAAGCUCUAACUCAAUUGCAAAA